GGCGGACCUUGACCCCGCUCGGACGCCUGGGCCCCGCUGGGGCCGCCCCGCCCGGCGCCCGGGGCGCUUCCGCGUGCUGGGACCGGCCGCGGGGGGAGCCGAUCCCCGGGAUCCGCCGGGAUCUGCCGGGAUCCGCCGGGGGGAGGCGGCCCCGGUCGCGGAGCCUCCCCGGGAUCGGGAUGUGCCACGGCAGGGAUCGCACCCCGCUCCAGGGGAUCUGCUGGAGGGGCUCCCCGCUGCCCAGCGCCCGCUGGGAUCCGGCCUCCAUCUAGGACCCCCCCCCCCGGAGCCGCCCCCCAUGGCAGGAGCCCCGUGCCUGGCCCUGGCCCUGGCCCUGCCCUGCCUGGCCCUGGCCCAGACGUCUCCCAGUAUGACCAGUAACAGCACGACGGCUGGCGGCGGCGGGGGCCUCUCGGCGGCGGCGGAGGUGGCCCUGGUCGUGGUGUUCGGGGGCCUGGGGGCCUUCGGCCUCGCGGGGCUCCUCGUCUUUGCGGCCUGCAAGGUGCGGGAGAAGCGGCGCACGGAGGGCACCUACCGCCCCAGCAGCGAGGAGCAGGCGGGGGCCCGCGCCGCCCCGCCGCCCCCCCUCAAGCUGCCCCCCGAGGAGCGCCUCAUCUGACCCCGGUGAGGGGGGGGGCCCGGCCCCCCCCGCCCCACGCACCGCCCUCGCACGAGGGCCCUCGCACGCCGGGCACCGCCGCCAUGGAGCCUCGCACGCCGGCGGCUCGCGCCCGCCGUGAAGCCGCUGAAGCCCCCCCGGAACCUGGGCGGGGGGGCGGGUGGAUGGACAAAAAGGUUUCUAUAUAUUAUAUUUUUGAAAAAAAAAGCACCCGAAAAGCGAA